AUGGGUGAACUUUAUUGUGGAUUUGGAGAGACGCGAGGAGACACUACGAGGUUGAUUGCCAUGGACGACGGCUACUCUUUGGUGGCCAUGGGUCUGACGUCACUGCUCGACUCGCAGACGAGUCCGCUGCACGAUGAGAAGGCUCUUCUGAAGAGAAGAACCACAGUUCCUGCUCUCUCUGUGGGUUACAGAAGACGUCUCCAUCCAACGUUGCGUGGUUCAGAACCCAACAAGGAGGUCGUUGACGACACGCUGGGACUGGCGCUUCGUCGCCAAGAAAAACGACUCGCGUAGGCUGGCCGAGGUCGGCACGCGUCCGAGGGUUUGUUUCGCGCAAGACAUCAUCCAACUGUUUUUCUAACUUGCCUUCCUUGAUACUAAUAACUAGAUUUACGUACAGGUCCGUUCAUUGUGCCGAUCGUCUUUAUGUCCUUCUUAUUUUGCUGAAUCAUUAACUUUGAAAGAACGUCUUGCGGUGAAACAAACCUUCUUUUUAUCUGUAGAUUUUCAUUUCAAAAAAAAAGUUUUAGAUCAAUGGAGUUAACAUGUUCUCUAUGAAGUACGACGUCAGUCAGAACCAGGAUACUCUCUACGGCCGGAACGACGAACCCUUGCUCAUUUUUGACUACUCGGAGACUGGAGAGCUUAGAAGAGUUCUGGAUGGCACUUCUGACGAGGACAGUUAUCGGCUAGCCGAGAUGAAUGUCACUUUCGACUCUCUUGGAAGAAGGUUGCCUUCACGCCAUUUCUCACCUCAACUCAGAGGGCUUUCAGAAGCGAAGUGCAGUGGGGAAAAUCGAAGAUACAGGCAGCGUACGACAGUCAGCAUCGCGUCGUGGAAAGGAACCACGAGGGAGCGUUCGUCGCUCAGCAGUUCCGAUAUUCCAAGUCCCAAAGGCAUCCGAGUUUUGUCGAGCAGGGCGGACUGAAACACUCCAUCAAGGUAUUCGAUAAAAGAAAAUACAACUUUGAACUCAGACUUAAAAAAAGAUAGGGCAUACAGAAAAGAAAACCUGAAAAAAGUUAUUCAGAGUUCUGCGUAAAAUUCUUUUUUCUAUUGGUCCCUACUAUGGUUCUAAAAGGAUUAGUCCGCACAACUUAUUUUUCUAUCUCAACUUCAUGACAACUUGAAAAAUUCGCGCCCUUCCCUCACUUGAUAUCAGGGUAUUAUUAACCCAUGUAUACAUGUAUGCUCUCAAAUGACCACUUCGAAAAAUUCUUUCGCAGGAAAGAAAAUUGAAAAAGCAAUAAAUCUUAAAUUAAAAACCAGCUGAUAAUUAAAAAUAAGUAGUUUGAAAGAUAAUGAAUAUUCCUUUUAAAAAAACUAAAAAAAACUAUAUCGCCACCUUUUAACAACUCGUGCUAGUUUUUUUCUUCUAGUACCCUGUUUCCUUUCAUAAACUGCUUUAUCUUCAAUCAACCCUUACUUCAGUACGACAACCAUGACCGACUGAAGGAGAUCACGUCGCCGUCUGGAGAAGUCCACACAUUUUCCUGCAUCUCAAUGGGAGGCGGAGAAUGGAUUCUGAAGCGAAGGUGAGGCGGCCAUUUUCGAAACUGGAAAGCCGACGUUUGCAGAUAUGCUUUUGCUAACAAGCCUAUUCUUUUUGCGCUGGAUCGCUCUGGCAAAUUGAAAGAAGCAGUGACACCUGAUGGACUACAUCACCUGGUCGUGCAACGCGACAUUUCUUCUCGAGUUCUACAGGUUCGGUACACUUUCAACAGGUCGCAAUUUCCAACUUGAAGGUGUUCAACGACGAAGAAAAAACGCGAGUGACUCGUUGGAGACCGACUGGAGAAGCUCUUUGCACGAGCUCUCCUAAUUACAUGACGAAUUCGACUCUUCAAGGGCCUCUUCUCGCUUGGUUCUCAGUUUGGAAAAAUUCGAGUCAAGGGGUGAAGACGUCCUCUUUUUCCUACGAGUACGACGACCUCCACCGUCCGACGUCGAUUCAGGUCGUCGCGGAUGGAAUCGCUGUGGAGCCCAUGAAGGUUGGGAAAAUUUCCUUUUUCUAAAAACCUUAUCACAAAUUAUUAUAAGAAAGGUCGCUGGGUGUGAUAAUCGAGAAUCAUCAAAGUCAGAGAUAAUUUAGUCUUGAGGUUAUUCAGUUCGGAAUUCCGGGCUGUCUCGAGAAUAAUAACCGAUUCCAAAAAUUAUUCACAACGUGGUCUGGAUUUUGGUUAUUAUGGGAAUCAGUAAGCUUCUAAUUUUAAAGUAACAACAAAAAACCUAAUAAAACAUAUUCAUUCAGGUUUUAAUCAAGUUUAAUUCUGAAUGACCUUGGUUUGGUUUGAAAAAGAAAGAGAAAAAGUUUUUCAUUAAAAAAAACCAAUUUUUUUUUAACUCGCCGCUACACAUAGGAAACUGUGAAAAUCAGAAUCUCUGAUCAUUUAAAAACUUUCAAACGUACAACUCAGAAGAAAAGCUUGUUUUACAGUUCUCGUACGACGAGAAAAACGGGAGACUCUCCGCUUUGAACGGCUUCACACUUUUGCACGAGCCCUCCAUCACCAGGGUGAGCGGGAAUUCGAUUCUCCACGAGAUUUUCCUCGACGACCAUCGCCGCGUUGUCGCUCGCAAAUGGAUGCUCGGCGACGUCCGCGUUUCUCUGAGCAUCCAACGCGAUUCUGUUGGUCGGCCGUUCGCCUCUGAAUGGCGAAUGCCCAAUAGUGACGUAAUCCUCCAAUCAGUCACCUUCGAUUCUUUUGGUCGACUCGCCACUGUCGAAAAUGACUCGAAGAAGUAAGAAAGUGUUUUGUGAAAUAAAAACUUUGGUUUUUUCUCUUUCAGAGUCACGUUUACCUAUAACACCGAUGGUAGAGUGGUCAAAGUUGACGAUUUAACUGUGGAAUGGCAUUCGAGUGGGGUGCCGAAGAAAGUUGCUGAUACUGAGUACAGCGUUGACGAGAACGGCUGGGUCACAGGAAGAGGUUUAUUUUUUUGCUAAACGUGGGACUAGGGUUUUGUUGGGCCAAUUUUUCAAAAGAAAUAAUUUUUUAUCUUUCUUGAUAAAGUUAUCUCAUUUCUCACAGUUUGAAAUAUUUUUUCAGAAAUUUCUGCGCUCUCUCAUCGCCGAAACCUUAACGUAGUUUAUGGAAAAGCACUCGAGAAAAGAGAAAAAUAGUGAUAUAAUCUGCAAUCCCAUUUGUUUCUGUCUUCAGUAAUAGACCGUUUUUGCAGGAAACGCCACUUUUUCCUACGAUGCACUGGGUCGUCUAGUCACUGCACAGACUGUGAUGACUCUUUUCCAGUUCCAGUAUGACCAUCUUGACCGCGUCAUUUCCAUCAGCAAAAACGACGUUAGAGCGAUCAAAGUCGAAGAGAAUCUUUUAUGGUUUUGUACAGGAACACACCUCGUUGCUCUACGGGAAUCCUUCGUCGCCCAGACAGCUGACGCACUUUGUGACUUCAGCCGGCGUCGCUACUUUGUUCUACGAUGACGAUGACGCACCUUUCGCCGUUUCCAUCGAUGGAAGCUACUAUGCUCUCGGCAUCGACGAACACAACUCCCUGAGGUUCCAUUCCUCGGCAAUUUUCCAAUCUUUCAAAUUAUUUUUCAAGAUUCGUUCUUUCGGAAGCUGGAGUACUUAAGGUCGUCAAGCGCGAUGUGCUCGGAAAAGUAGUGCAAGACUCAAAACCCGAUCUUUGGCUGCCUAUCGGUUUCUUAGGAGGUUUUCGGAGAAGUUUUUCUUUCCUCAUUGAAAAAAAUUGAGGCAUCGAAAUCGCUGAACUUUGUGUGACGAUACUGGAUGGAAGGCCUUUGGACAACUCGUUGGGCAGAUACCUUUCCUACUCUGUUCUCUCUCUCAGCCGCCUCUCCUUCUCCUCUCUAACGUCGUCGCUCGACUUGUUCGCCUUGGAAGACCACCGUAACCCAUACCGUGUUCCUUCCAUCCCAACAGGUAUUUCUUUUUCGUGAAUCACUGUAUCGCCUUUUGCAGACAUGCCGUCUUGGUUUGGUCUCACGGCUCUUUCGGCUUCUCUUCUGCCUUCUGAGACUUUUGGUCUGCCGCCAGACAGGACGACCACCUACCGACUUCUGUCGUCGUUUCCCUCUCGUCUUCACUCUUUCUCUCACCUAAACACUAUAUUGACGUCUCCUCUAGUGGAUCCUCAGUCCAAAGAGAUGAGACCCUCUGAUGAUGUCAAAUGGUCUGUUGAGGAUAUCGGUUUCUCCAAUUUGGUGAUCGUUUCUCUCAACAUAAAUAAGGUUCAUUUGCAUUUCAAAGCUUCAAAAAACCAUUUUUCAGACUUUCGUUAAUGCGUUGCCCACUUUGAAAGAAGAUGAAGUGAAAACUUUGAAGAGCAUUAUCGAUGGAGCGCAAAUGGUUUUUUUUGUCGUGGUUGAGUGGUUCAAGAAGAAUUUCAGAUCAACUUUCGGACGUGGGUGUCUGUACAAGCGAUCCAUCUAUUGUCUCCAUCUUCCAUGACGUCACUUUCCUCUUCCGCAAAUUCGCACUUCACGCUGGUCGCUUCUCGGGAGUCCGCGGAGCUUAGGAGUGGCAAAACGAGGAUCGUCGUACAUUUCUCAAAUGACUUGGUCCGUUCCUUCCAAAACUAUCGAAAUAACGUUAAUAUCAGAAUGCUGUGAGAAAAAAUCUGGUGGAUGAACUCCGGUCACGCGAGUCUGCCAUGGUGUGGCGAGCGGAGCGAAAAAGGGUUCAAAACGGCGUCAUCUCGGUUUUCCCAUGGUCCGAUCGCCAGAAACGGUUAGAACCUCAUAUAAAUUCAUUCCCAGAUCCGUGCGAAUCUCAAUGAGCUCACUUCUUUUGAAAUUUGCACUAUCUCUUUGAACCAAAAUCAGGAUCUAAGAAAAGUUUGCACAUCGAAGAAGAAGUUCAUGCGAAAGUUCUAUGAAAUGUCAAACACUCCUUUUUUCUCACCUUUUCCUUUUCUGAGGCAGAAUUCAAAUAAUUUCAGAGAACUGCUUUCCAAGGGGAGUGUGACCGGCGUUGACAUCGAGAUGAAGAAGUCUCAUCAAAUCGCCGUUUUUCCGUCUUCACAUUCUUGGCGUUUUAUUUCUGUUUGAUUUUUUUUUUGUACAAAGUUAUUUUAGAUUUAGAAAAACCAUCAUCAUUUAAAAACGUCCAUUUUUGACGGGUUGCCCCUUUUCAUGUAUUUCUGUUCUCUUUUUCCAAAGCUUUCUUUCCGAUGCGGUUUCUCACAAGUCUAUUUAUUGAUCAAUUCCCGUGCUCAUUAUAUUUUCAUGUUGAGAGAUUUGUUAUUUUUGCACAAGUUGUUGAGUGGCAAAAACUACGAGGUUUUCGAAUUGCAAUUUUAUUUCGAAAUUCACAGAGAAAUGAAUUUUUUAUUUUUAUUUGAAAGCAACAAAGUUUAAAAAGAAAAAAAAUGCGAGCUUAAUGGAAAGGCGGAGACGGUUGAGCAUUUCACUCGAGGCAGCAGUUUUUGCGUCGUCUGCGAGAUGGGCUUGUCGUUCCGGCUCAUUUUGGCCUUUUUCUUAUUAGAAGCUUUCUCGAUCGUAUCUGUGUUUACGAAGAGUUCCACUAAUUCCCGCGUGAGUUUCAAGAGAAGUUCAAAAAGGUUUUCAAGGCGAUAUUGCUCAGAUUACCGAGCGUGCUCUUCUGAAGGAGAAACUUCGUAGAGUGGGUUAAAACGUACAGAUCCAAAAGAAGGGAUACUUCAGGUGCUCGUCGACCUGGUCAACGACGGCAGCUUUCAGUCGACCGACGUCAGAGACCGAUUCAUCGAUGGAGUUGUUGAGAGCCACGAGAAAAUUUUUCUUCUCGGCGGUGCUCUUAUUUAUUUUCUGAAAAAAACACUUAUGAUUUUCAAGAUUUCUACGUGGCUCAUAUAACCAAGGUUAUUGUUUUGUUAAGCUCGUCAACGUGCAGAAACUGCCUCGAAAUUCUGCCGCUCUCUGGCUGAUCGCCAAUUCCAGCCCAUCCAGCUGCUUUUUCGGUGCCCUUUUUAAUCAAUAUUUAUCCUUAAAAAAUUCAGAGAUGCUAUCGUUUUCGGCGCAGAUCGGUCGAUUCCGUCGCCUCUCCUGAAGUUGGUUCAAUACUUCAAAAGAGUUGAUGUCCUUCUUUUUGAAGCCUGACGAUGCUGAUCCCGCGCCGCUGGUUCCGCGUUUCCAAUUCGCGAACACGUCCGAGACUCGACGUUCAGCCUAAAAUUAUGAUCUGCUACGAAGGGUAGUCUUUGAAAGCCGAACUCUGUGAUAAGGACUAAUCGCUAUAAUUUUGCCAGAUCACAUUUUAAAGUAUUCGAGAGGUAGCAAAGGUAAAAGAAAAAAACUAUUCUAUUUUUAUAUCCGCAGUUGCUCUCAAAAAUGAAUAAAAAUAAGGAGUUUCGCACCUUGAAAAUAGUCAGGUUUUGCUUUUUAUAAAGUUACUAUUGACGUUUUUAGAUGAAGACCUUGUCCACUUGGUUUCUCUCACUCUCUCACACAAAGAGAUCUCUCCCUUCCGACAGUUCGUCCGGGUCAAUCUGGUCAGAUGAAAUAGGCGACGACGUCGACAAUCAGAAUUCAGCAAGGUCUUUGGAAUCCGACGAAGAAGCUGCGUGGCGUGGCGCUGCUUCUCGACAACAAGUGGAACAACGGCCAUCUUCUGCCACGAACUCUUCGGGUUUUUCGAUUAUUAUUCCUAUGUCUGUCGCACUUACGGCUUCAGGCGCGUCUCGAGGUGCAUCCAGAAUUCGAAAAACCGCGAUUUCUUACUCGCAACGUCUGCCAGUCUAAUCUCGGGAUGUGAGUUCUUUUCAUCUUUCAAAUUUUCACUCUCAUUUUAAAAUCGUUUUUUUUUUCGAUAUUUUAAUCCUUCUAUAAAAAAAUUAGUUGCAAACAGAAACAAUCGUGCUUGAUUCUUUGUUAGAUCCAAUCCAUUCACAUUUUGUUCCGUAUGUUACUUUUUUUUUUCAACUUCCCCGAAAUCUUAAACGAUACUUACUACCGUUCAAUAAGGCUAAAUACCAAAAGAACUUGGUUUUUGAAGCGACUUUUUAAAAAUCUCAUAAGUAUACAUAACAUUUUAUUAUUAUUUUAUUAAUUGAAGAAAAACAACUUAUAUAGUCAAGGUUUUUCUGUCGUCAUUUAAAGAACUCGAAAGUAUACCGUAUAUAUUGUAUACGAUAAUUUUUUUAUUUUCAAAUAUUAUUGAAGAAAAAAACCCGAUGAAAAAGAAAAAAAGUAGAGUUUCCAGUUUGAAUAAUUAACUUCUGCGGCUCACCUGAAGUUUUGUUUUACUUUUUAAUUAUUAUUUUUUUCAUAGAAACUGAAACUUUUUGAAGCCAGAGCGGUAUAUAAAUUAAUCACGUUGGAUUAAACAAGUAGAAAAAUUUUUUUAAAUUCAGUUUGCUAUCCCUUAGGGCCUAACCAUAUCAAUAUAUGAGGGAAGUAAAAAAGUUUUUCAGGCAAUAUCUUAUUCAAAUUUUUAAAUAAAGUUAAGUUCGAAAUAAAAUUCAAAAAACUAGGAAGGUGAAGUAAAUCAAUCGAUACCAAUGAAUAAAGAAAUACUGUUGCGAAGAGUUUGAAAAAUUGCAUCAUCCUUCUUGUAAACAACAUUUGGCAAAAAUUUUUUGCAAAGCUCGUCAGCAAAGGGAGGUCGAACCCACCACAGCUCGCACAUAGCAUGCGCCCUCAUACCACUCUGCCACGAAUCACCUGGCAAUCCACCGACACUGCGCGCAAUAUAUUCCCUCUUCCAUGCUUCCGCAGAUCUCGCGUGCAAACUUUGGGGCUUCAUAUACCGAGAACAAGGUCUAUUGCGAGAAAUGUUUUUCUUGUUCUGGAUUCAGGAGACCUCAAAGUACAUCUCUGCGAAGUUUCGUCAAAAGUUCAACCGGGGGGUAAAAAACGUUCCCUAGUUAGUCUACCUAUUCCAUGUAUUGAAAGAUUACACGGCGUUCCUAAUGGGGGUGAGGGAAGGUGAGCGAGGCGUCAAAGUUUCUAAAUUUACAGAAAAAAUUUUGUGCGCGCUACGGAUAAAAUGACGUCAUUCUACGUCACAAAUUAAACUGAGUAUUCAACGUUAAUAACUUGUUUGUUCGAUCGCCUUCGGCUGAAGUACUGUAGAUUUCAAAUUUCGCGCCAAAAUUUUUUUGACGUCUUGCCACCCCGUUUGGGAACGCCGUGGAUUAUUCAAAAAAGGUUAUGGUUAGAAUGUUUGUGGCAGCACAACUAAAGAAGUCGGCUGAUCGCCCGAGUUCGACCCCGGGCUUCCCGACCUGCAAAGUUGAAAAUGAGUAUAAAUGUAAGACAACGAGGGAAAAAAGCUGGUGAAAAAAUAAGAAUAAAUGGCUCUUUUGACAAAAAUGAGUUUAAUAUUAACUUUCGAAAAGAGUUUAGCUUCGAGUUGCUAAUUAUUCUCAGGAAACAGCCGUGUUGCCUGUGGCCGUUCUCUCGCCGCAACCUCAACGAAACUUUCAAAUUCCACCGUUGCCUAGGCGAAGUUCUGCCAGAAGAAGCCAUUUCCGUACUUGACCCUUCGCUCAGUCGGCUUCUCACUCCAGGUGGUAUGACCAGGUACGGCCAAUAUUCACUUCGAGUGGCCAGACUUGCAGAAGAUUGAUCACGGCGCCUGAGAAGACGUGCCGAGAGACGUCGUUCCGAACGGCUCGCAUCGACGUUGACGACGCCGUUCUUGGAAAGAAAUCUGUGGUUUUCUCUAUUCAUUUUUUUCAAAUUGAAUACAUUUUUAGUUACUCAACCGACUCGAUGCUACGGAAUGCGGUGUCUUUUACUGAUUUUCGAUGCAUAUAAAAUGAUUAUCAUUCACAAAAAUGUGUUAACAUACGCAUUUUCAUCGCGAAAAGUCAAAUUGAGAAGUUUUUUUUAUUAAUGUUUUUUUUUUUUCAAUGAAGAAAGUUCGGCUAUUAAAAACAAAAUAUAUCUGAUUCAUGUCGCUUUAAUUUAUUUUUAAUAAAAAAUACAAAUAAAUGCAUGCAUCAUUUUUGAGAGUAAAAGCGCGGUUCUGGGCGCCCUACCUAUGAAAGACUGGGAGAGUGCCCUGUAAAGGGUGGUUUGAAGCCAAGUAACCGGAAAAUAAAAACAAGACAUGUGGCCUCAUAGAAGUUGAACUCAAAAGGUCUCUCGUGAAUCCCUUUUCAUGAAAUUCGUUCAAAAAAGAGCCAUAACAGCUGCAACCCAAAAAGUGAUACGCGAGGUUUCUUGUCAAAUAACUCGAGAAGAAUUGUUUUUGUGGAACACAGCACUUUUUCGUUUAUUGCAAGUCUUUCGAUGGAGCCUAAUUGAGCAAAGAUCAGCGCCCGGCAACUGUCAAGGGCUCACGCCACGUAGUUCCCGCCCAGCAAGAAUCGACAACAACUGCGUGCGCCGCGACUCGUUAUCAACGGCCACUCGAAAAGUUUGCUAUGUCGUUCUCCGUGCCGAAGGACCUCUCGCAUGGCCUUUUCUUCCUGCAAGGCCGCAGGACCACCGUCGACUCGUCCGACACCUUCGAUGUACUCGAACCUCGAACUGGUCAGCUACAUUUAUCUGUUCGAAGUUCAAUAUCUGAAAAAAAAAACAAUGGAUGAGAAAAACGAAGACGAUUGAAUUGAAGACCUAUUUAGUUAAAAAUGAUUAAGGUAAACCGCUUACCUUGUUGCUCUAACAUGAAUAAAAUAGUUGAAAUUUUCUCUUUCAGAUGUCUUUCAGAUGCCAUUGAUUGUUUUUCGGAAGGAGAAAAAGACUUGAACUGAAAAAAGUGUUCCUAUUGACAAUCAUUGUUCCCCAUUCGCCACGUAGCUACGUAGGCGAAAACAGGACACUAUUAUUCUCGAACGACCUUUUCAAAUAAUGGCCGUAGGACGAAAAGUUGAAAAGAAGAAAAUGAAUUCUCCCAAAAGUCAAGCACUGCAGGAACCGUCGUUGCGAAAUGUCCGAAAGCUUCUGCCGAGCACGUCGACGAAGCUGUUCGAGCGGCUCACGAGGCACAAGGCGAGUGGGGAAGCAUGACGGCUCUGGAUCGCGGAAAAGUUCUGAGGAAAGCUGCCGAAAUCAUUCGGGUACGUCACGGAGUGAUUGAAUACUCAUCACAUUUUCCUCGCCCUCUGUUCACUUUUACACUUUGAUUUAAUUUCCAGGAAAACCUCGAAGAAAUUGCAAAAUGGGAAGUAAAGACGAAUGGAAAGCCCAUCUACGAAGCUCGCGUCGACAUUACCAGCUCAGCUGACUCUUUCGACUUCUACGGAGGAAUCGCCACCGCUGCGCUGCAAGGCGUGACAAAAAUUUGUUGUGAGUAUCUAUAUUUUAGGAGACUACUUGGAACUUCCUGGAGGAGCUGAAAACCGAUUCGCAUACACACGACGUGAACCCUUGGGUGUCGUUGGUUGCAUCGGCGCCUGGAACUACCCAUUCCAGACAUGUGUCUGGAAGGUUUUUUCAAUUUUUAUUUCUAUCCGAAGGUUGAAUUAGUGCAGGUUGCUCCCGCUCUAGCAGCUGGAAAUUGCGUCGUUUAUAAGCCUUCACCGUUCGCACCAGCGUCUCCUGUGUUACUUGGGGAAAUACUUACUGCUGCCGGCGUCCCUAAAUCAGUUUUCAACGUUGUUCAGGUAUCUUUCAGAAAAGGAAGCUUCUGUAACUUUUUUUAUCAGGGUGAACAAGCUACCGGCGUCGCUAUUUGCGAACAUGAUCUCGUACGUAAACUCUCCUUCACAGGAUCUGUAGCCGGGGGUCUGAGUGUUCAGCGCCAAGGUGCAAAAGACAAUGUUAAACCGGUAAGCAAGGAGAAUAUAUGUUUUAAAAUUGUAAAACUAUGCUCACUAUGAACUUUUUGUGAUGUUACAACUCUCGCAGAAUAUGGAUAAUUUACAAUAAAAAAUUAUCAUUUUCAUGAAAAAUUGAGGUGACUUUGGAACUCGGAGGGAAAUCCGAAAUAAUCAUCUUUGAUGAUUCUGAUAUCGAGAGCGCUGUUGCUGCUGCAAUGUUAGCGAAUUUUCUCAACCAAGGUAUAUAAUAUAAAUCUUCAAUGAAGACAUUUUUUUUUCUCAGGACAAGUUUGUACUAACGCUACGCGAGUUUUUGUGCAACGCGGAAUUUUGGAAAAGUUCACUGAAGCAGUCGUAAAAGUUUGAGAAAAGUUUUUGUCAAUUAAUCAAAGUAUUAUAUUCAGGAAGCUAACGAAAAGUUGAAAAUCGGAGACCCUUUGAAAGAAGAUACUCGUGUAGGAGCGAACAUAAACGAACUUCACUUGAAUAAAAUACUUGGCUAUGUCGAAUCCGCAAAACAAGAGGUAAAAUUCAAUUUCAUCCCGUGUUCUAAGUUAUUCCGCGGAGAUCAAAUCAACCGUCAAAAACAACUGAGCUCCGACGAGUCAGAGAUUCUCGCGGAACACGGCAUUAGCCUUCAUAAAAAAAAUUUCAGGGAGGUAAAGUUCUAAGAGGAGGAACUCGAGUCCACCCAGAGGGUGUCGAAAACGGAUUCUACUUCGAUCCCGCUAUUAUCACUGGCCUAAACGUACUAUAAAUGAAUGAAAAGAAGAGAAAUUUUACAUGCAGGAUGACUCGAAAGCCGUUCGAGAAGAAAUUUUCGGGGCCGUAAUGAUCAUUUUACCAUUCGAAACGGAAGAAGAAGUCGUCAAACGCGCAAAUAACACCAUGUACGGAUUGGCCGCUGGCGUUUUUUCAAAGUAUGUGCUGUACACUGUACAAUUUUUGAAAAAAAAAAUUAAACCUUCUUUAAGAAAUUUGGGGCGAUGUCACAGAAUCGCAACUAAACUUCAAGCUGGAACCGUUUUUCUGAACAGCUAUAACGAUACCGAGGUUUUUAAAACGAAGUCUUAAAGUCGAAAUAAGCGGUUACAGGUGAACGUCCCAUUUGGAGGAUUUAAAAACUCUGGGCACGGACGCGAAAAUUGCGUAGACACUUUGAAAUCCUACACACAAAUCAAAGCUAUCUAUGUGAAUGCACAGGAUACAACUGAACACUGCUUUUGA